AUGGAAGCGAAGAUAGCAGAAAGAAAGAGAGAAAGGAAAGAUAAAUCAAGGCUUUUGGCGCUGAAGAAGAGCGUGGCCAUUUUGGACCUGGUCCUCCGCAUAAGCAGCGCCGUGGCAGCGUUGGCCGCCACCCUCGCCAUGGGAACCACCGAGCAGACUCUUCCGUUCUUCACACAGCUGUUCCAGUUCCGAGCCAGCUACGAAGAUCUCCCCGCAUUCACAUUCUUUGUGAUAGCAAUGUCAAUUUCUAGUGGCUACCUUGUUCUAUCAGUGCCUUUCUCAGUAGCUUGCGUAGUGCAACCCCUUGUUCCUGGGCCAAGGCUUCUCUUAAUUAUCUGCGAUACAUUUAUAGUGACUUUUCUUACUUCGGCGGCGGCUUCAUCGGCGGCGAUAGUGUACCUUGCUCACAACGGAAACUCCGAGGCCAAUUGGCUGCCGUUGUGUCAGCAGUUUGGUGAUUUCUGUCAGAGGAUCAGCGGAGCGGUGGUGGCGGGAUUCGUUGCGGUGGCGCUGCUUCUCAUCAUGGUGGUGCUUUCCGCUCUCGGCCUAACAAAGCAUUGA